UAUUUGCAUUGAAAAACUGUUGGAAUUGGCUGAUUCCUUAGAGAAAGAUAUAAUGUUUCCGCCCUCAUGGCAUUAUACCGAUGAACCUAUUUACGACAACCUACAGUCUUUGAAGAUAGAAUACAAUAUGGAAAGGGCUCGUACAGUGAGGUCUGGUAUACCUACAUUAGCAGGGAAUGGUAUACCCGGUAGAGCCCAUCACUUGACAUCACGACAAACAGCCAACACAGGAGUAAUAGCUCAUCCAUAUACUGUACAUAAACAUGCUAUAGUUCGACCAAUCAACUCAACAGGUUCCGAACACAAAAUGAAACAUGAAAAUGAAAGAAUCAUCAGUGGAUCCAAUAGCAAAGAGGUGUAUAUAAGUAAUUUAGAUGGUCCACGAGCUUCAACUCCUAUCAGGGAUAUAUUAGGAGCAGAUGUAAUCGUUCACCAACCCCAAUACCACGAACUGGAAAAGUUUAACAAUGAGGAUUUAGCAGAAGAUGAAGAUUAUCCAAUUCGCGGAACAAUUUCUCCUCUUACAAAUCAACGGUUACAACGAUCCCUGGAUCAAACGGGCAACGAGUUAUCUUUUGUGUUCGGAAGACCUUCGUCACCCUGUGUAGACCAAACUAUAGAUGGUCGAUGUUUAUCACCUAUUAACGAACAACGCCCACUUUCUCCUUCAUCCGAAAUGUUUACCAUGAAACAGGAUGUAUGUAAUAUGGCCACUGAUAAAGGAAUAGAGGGGCAUGUGGUGCAAGGUGGUGUAUGUUGUGAACAUUGUAAUAAUUGUUUAAUAGAUUUAAAACGUCAAGCUCUCAGGAUUAUGUUUCCAGAUAAUACAACACGGAAUACACCUCUCAAGCCUAUGAACUAUGUUAAAGUUGAAGAAAAGUUACAAGUGCCUGAUAAUUUUCGUCGGUAUGUGAAGCGAGAACGCUGUGAUGUUUGUGAAACUCCCAUAAGACAGUUAAAACAAGAAGCUGUUGCUAUGAUACAGUCCAUCCAACAAGCCCAAAGUGCCUCAUCUGUUCCUGCAAAUAUACCUGCUUUAGUUGGAUCAUAUAAUAUAGGUGCACAUCAACGUAAUCAUCAGCCCAACAGAUAUUUGUCACGGACAUCAAAAAGUAGUCAGUUCAGUUCAUGUCUGUCGUCUGGUAUACCAUUAGCAGCUCAAGCACAGGCUUAUCUUGAACAAAAUGCACAAUCCUGGUUAAAUCCUGUUAAUCGACACAAUCAGUUAAUAACAAAUCGACCUAAUCAACAGGAGAGAAUCUAUGCAGAAGUAAAAAACGAGAGUAAUAUGGGUCCUCAUGGCCGUCCACCACUCCCGACUUCAGCCUCACAUCAUUAUCACAGUACUGUUGUUGCUAGAAGUGGUUCUCCUAUUGUUAUCUCCUCAGGAAUACCAACACCAGCAGGCAGUUUCUUAUCAAGGGCUGCUCAGAAAAUCAGUAAAAAGAAAAAGCGUCAUCAGCCACCUGAUCCAGAACCACCACCAUUUCCAACUAAUUUUUGUGACAUCAUCCGUUCAUCACCUCCACCUGCUCCACCAUGUUUAGCUCGAGGUCUGGGACGAUUACUCAAUCCUGGUGCUGGAAAGGUCAAGGUGAUGUUAAAGAUAUGUUCUCCUAUAGUUCCUGGUCAGCAAGAACAAGGACGAAGUUUUCUAACCAUCGACCCACGCCGUAAACAAGUGACGGUACAUGACCCAACUGCUAGUGGAUAUAUUACGUCUGCCAGUCGAAGAUCUGCUGUGGCCGCCCCUAAAAUGUUUGCUUUUGAUGGAGUUUUCUCUCCGGAUGAUUCUCUGACUGAAGUGUGUGCUGGCAGUCUUUCUGACAUUUUACAAUCUGUUGUUAGCGGUGCUGAUGGCUGUCUGUUUAGUUAUGGACAUUCAAGACUUGGUAAAUCAUUUACAAUGAUAGGAAAAGAUCAUUCACCACAGACUCUAGGAGUAAUACCUUGUGCUAUAGCCUGGUUAUUUAAAUUAAUCAGUGAUCAGAAAGAAACGACAGGAGCAAGAUUUUCUGUCCGAGUUUCAGCUGUAGAAGUUUCAGGAACCCAAGAAAUUUUAAGAGAUCUUCUUACUGAAGUUGCAGGAGGUGCAGAUGGUGGCAGUGGAUCAAAUGGUGUCUAUUUGAGAGAAGAUCCUAUCUGUGGAACCCAACUUGAAAAUCAAAGUGAACUUCGUGCCCCAACUGCUGAAAGAGCAGCCUUCUAUUUUGAUGCUGCUUUGGCUGCAACCAGUAAACAUGUGGAAGAAGACGGCCGAUCAUCUCAUUUGUUAUUCACCCUACAUGUCUAUCAAUAUAGAAUAGAAAAAGCCAACCGAGCCGGAUUACCUGGUGUUGCUGGAGGUCGAAGUCGUCUACAUCUAAUUGAUUUAGGAAGUACAGCGAAAUCUAAAGAUCCAAACAACGCUUCUUUAAGUCUGUCAGCCCUCGGUAAUGUGAUAAUGGCUCUACUUAAUGGACAGCGCCAUUUACCACACAGGGACAGUAAGAUAGCUCAGUUACUACGAGAUUCACUUGGUAAUACAACAUGUCGAACAUGUAUUAUAGUUCAUGUAUCAUCAGCCUUACCUCAUCACGCAGAAACGCUUCAAGUUGUACAAAUGGCUGCCAGGAUGCACCGUAUGAAACGCAGAAAGGCCAAGAUGUCUAGUACAAGUUCUGAAGACAGUUCUAAUGAUGGAAGUGGAAAUUUUCGAAGACCGUAUCGAGGAUUAAGAAUGGGAACAUUACGAGAAGAUGUGUUAUAUUCUUCUUCUCAUUCAGAUCCAGACAACUAUACAUCAAGUAGUGAACAAUCGUGCGAUACGGCCAUUUAUUUAGGAUCUAACGGAGGACAAUCGUUAAGUGAUCGUGACUUUACUGACAACGAGGGUCCCCCUCGAUCUGUGCCUAGAACAAAUCCUCGUCUUCCACGACGACCUGGUGGAUCUCGUUCCUCGGGAGAUGAAGGUUCUGCUUCUGAUAGUGGUAGAAGCAUGACGUAUUCAGAUCAUCACAGGUUCAUCAGUCCUGGUUUAGAGUCACCAGUUGCACGAGCAGAUUUACCAAUUCAGAAUAUUCUCCAGAUGCAUUCAGCUCCCAAUUCACCACAACACCAUCCUUCACACUCUUCUAGAAGAAUGAAUCCUCAUGCUAAACCGCUGGUUACCAGAUCACAGAUGCCUGCAGAUGUGAGAGAUGCGAGUCCACACACACCAGAGAAGAGUCAGAAGGCACACAGCUCUUCAAGCAGACGACAAAAAUGCCAAGAUGGUCAACAGUCUGUAAGAGGUGAACAGUGGAUUGAUGGACCCGGAAGUGCCAUUUAUACUGAACCAAAAAAUGUCAGUGAACAUUGGAUAGAUGGUCCACAAAUAUUCAAGAAAUGUCCACAAUCUCCCAAACCUGAUGCUUCAACUCGUAAAAAGUUAAAGAAUGUUGUGGUCAGUUCAGAGGAACGAUGGAUUGAUGGACCUCGUGAAAUGAUUUCUAGUGGAAGUAAAUCAACAAAUAAAAAUCAGUCCAUGCAUACAUUAAGUACUGUAAAUGAUAACCAAGUACCACCUUCUCCCAGUCCUAAAUUAAAACAUGCUACAACCGGUGAACGAGCUUUAAAACAAGCCAUUAUAAAACAAAUACCCGAUAUUAAAAUACGACCAGAAAGUAGUAUAAGUGUAGAAAGUAAUACUUCAACUCAUGCUGAGGCUGCUACAUCACGGCCUGUCAGUAUUUCUAGUAAUGACGGACAGAUGAAAGAUUGUAUUGAUAUCAGUGAAAAUAUGGUCGUUAAACCAUUUGUUAGAGACUGGGUAGAAAAACAUCAUGAAGUACCCAAUACCAUUGUAACCUCGGAUAACCCAAUCAAACCAAUAUUUCAUGAAUCAGUUAUCAAAAAAUUACAAACCUCUUCAUCAUCAUCUUAUCCAUCACCAACAAGUUCACCAUCUUUAUCCAAAAAAUCAGACAGUAUACUACCAGAUGCUAUCUUUCCUAAAGAACCUGAAACAACAAAUCGUGUUACAGAAUGGGUACGUUCUGUUUCUAUGGAGAUGCCUGAGGUUUUAGACACAACUUUUUCAUCUGUUUCUAUGGCCGAUGCAGAAACAAAUACAGAUCACGAUUCAGAUUUCGAACAGAUUGCUUCCAAAACCAAAUUAAAUGUGACUUUUGACAGUGGUGAACCAGAAGUGAAUAUUGUUGAUACCAGUUAUGAUAGUGUUGAUACAAGUGACUGUGUUAGUGCUAGAGAUUCUAUUUACGAACAGGACGUAGAAGAGAAACUCGAAUCUAUGCAUCUUCUUGCAAAUCAGUUAACAGACAAUGAAACAUUGAGUAGUAAAUCAUUUUCUAACGAUAUCAAUGAAAGUGCUGAAAAGGAAAUUCGUGCUAGUGCUAAAUUAAGUAGUCUGGCGUACAGCCAGGGACAAUCUUCGGUCUCCUCGGACAAUGAUAACAGUUGUUCAGUGUUAGAACCAUGUAGAUUAUUAUUAUUACGUAAACCCGAUGGAGCUUCAAAUCCUAAUUUAUCAAAAGACUUUUUCAGUGAAAAAUGUAUCGACCAAUCAGUGUUAAGUAUUAAUAGUGAUAACAUGGAGACUGUGGCUAAUGUGUCUCGACAAAAUGUUACGUUAAGUGAGAAAACAUCUACCUCAACUUCACUAACAAAUAGUAAAGACAAAUCUAACAACAAACCUAAUAUAAAAACUAAACCCCCGCUUCCGCAUAAACUUAAUGGCACCGUCAAGCCUAGCUCCCUACCCAAACCUUCUUAUUCACCAUCAUCCAGUCCGAAACAAACCCCAUCCACACCAUCUAGUAAAGACAAUUCACCCGAGAAAAAACAAAAAUCCAUCCUUCAUAAUGGUAAAACAAGUGAAAACAAAAAUAAAUCUAAAACAAGUGUUACAGUUAGUACUUCUACAAGUAACGGUGUCGCCAAAAUAAAUUCGAAACCAAAAACACCCAACGGAAACAGCAAACUACCUCUAUUAUCUCAUGGCUCAACGAAGGAGGCUAAGUCAAAAAAGAAAGACUGUAAAGUGACUUUGAAAGUGAGUAAUGGACAAAUGGGUGAAAAUUCAAGUAAAAAGCAGUGCAAUGAUUCGGACAGUGGUAAUGAUAGUGGUAUUGUAGCAGCAGUAGAAAAGAAAUUGUUGUCCCCAUACAGUAAAAUAACUAAACCUCGUACCCCGAGUCAUUCUAGUAGUGGUCAUGGUAGUGAUAAUAGUAGUUCUAUUAGUACCGAGUUACAUUGUCAUCAUGGUAGUAAGUCGGAUAAAAUAAACGGUGGUACCAGUAGUGGAUAUGAGAGUAUGUUGAGAGAAUCAGAAGCUAGCUGUUCUUCUGAGCAUGACGAUAGUGCCAGUGAAAGUUCUGGGGAACGCAAGAAGGGAUCUAAGCGAAAAAAUGGUACAAGAAGGAGUCGAUCCGCACCAGGUCGAACAUCCGACAGUCCCCCUGAUAGUUGUAAACAAAGUCCUGCUGCUAAGCGCAAAACAUCCAGUCCUUCUAUGAAGAACAAACACGGCAAAUCAAAAGAAGAACCAGUUGAUAUUAAAUCUUAUACCACUAAUGAUAUAGACCGGUUACAAAGAAAGAGACCUGAUGAUGAGACAUCUGAGAGAAAGGAACAAGUUCGUCAAUUACUAAACAAACAGGAAACUUUAAAACAGGAACUUGUAAUGGCAAAAGAUACCAUCAUGAUGGAACGGUCGGGCUGGAGUUUUGAUUGUAAGUUUCUCAUGUGCUUCUCGUGUAAGCCACGACAACAACCAGCUGAUGUGUGAUGUUGUGACGUAAACCUGUUUCUUCAAAAGAUAGUUUUAGAUUCACUUGUCGAUGUUUUACCAGAGGCCUGGGUAACGCCUGUCUCCAGGUACCACAACACAGCCGUAAUACUUCUCUACAUCACAGAGCUUCCAUUUUUGGUAGCUUGAUAUGUUUCUGAUAAUUGAUUGAAUGAUAUUUUAAUAUUCACCACCAUAUUAAAAAGACAGAUUCAUAUCCAAUUUAUUUUCGGUUUGGUCUUGUACAUUAAAUUAUAAAACAAUAAUUCUUCCUUCCUUUUAUUAGUUCACACAUUUGUGCCAAAAUAUUUUUGUUUUGUUUUGACAUAUUUACUAUGACACAGAAUUUAUUUUCAUUUAAGUCUUUUUAGUCUUCACAUAUGGUGCCAUAGUUUGUUAUUUUCUUUUUAGAAGUAGCUUAGUGUAUGUUAUAUAGUACUGCACAUAUUUUUGGUCAUGCCUAUUUUUAUAUAAGCACAUAAUGGACCCUAAUUAUUGAAAAUUAAAACUUUUUAUAUAAAUAAAACAUUAAAUGUCAAACUAUUUUGGGGGCAUGAUAUCUAUGCUAUCCCACUCUAGAUACAAAGCUUUGUCAUUGAGUUAUACCAGUACAGAAGUCAACUAUUUGAUCUUUGACAUCUUAAAUAUGAAGGAGCUCUAUUCAGCUGAUCUUCUCUUGAAAAUUGAUAUUAAUACAUGAUUUGUAAAUUAUCCUAUCUACAUUCUGGAUCUUUUUAAGUUUUAUAUUUUCAAGACUUGGGUGUACAUAUCAUCCAUCAUACCUAUUUUACUCCUACUGUUAGACUUUUGAUAACUUUUUCAUAAUUUUCCGUCAGAUUCAAAUCAUUUUUAGUCAUCAUCUGAUCUGUUUGCCAUUAAAAUCAUUUAAAUAUUCAAUAAUCAAUCACUUCGUGUUUGGAUAUAUAUAUAUAUAUAUAUUUUUGUGUAAUUGUUUGUUAAGAAAUAUUUACAUAUUAUGGAAUUCAACAAUUGUUUGUAUAAGAUAAUAUUUUGAAUACAGAAAAUAAUGUGAAGCUAUGUUUUGAAUAUUAUAAGUAUCGAUAAUGUUGCUAUGGUUACUAAAAUAAAUAAUACAUAAUGAGCAUGCUGCAUGUUAAUAAUUUCAGUAUUUGUUGCUGAAUAUGCGGAUUUAGAGGACCCAAACAAUGUAACAGCGUUGCAAAAUGAAACGGCCAUACUGGAAAAACGAGUAGAUGCUUGCAAGUCACAUGUUAUGAUGGUCACAUGUUUCGAUUCUAAAACAAUGAAUUGAGAAAUAUUUUGUCUAGGAAUUUAAAAAUAUUUAAAUUUAUUAUAUUAUGGUUGUGUUAAUUUAUGUGCAAUGAUAUUUAAUUUCGUGAAGGAAGUAUUGAUAUUUUCUUUAAUAAACGGUCUUCUGUUUUUAUAUAGUUGACGUUUGGAUAACUUUCUAGAUUGAAUAAAUAAGACAAUGUCCAUGAUUUAAAUUAUGGAAUUUGGAUACUGUUCUGUUAAGUUCUUAUUUAUUAAACUAAAUUAAAGUCUAAAGUAAAGGAAUUGAAGAUCCUAUAUGCUAUAUGCAUUUUGAUAAAAGUAUGUACAUGUAUAUAGUUAAGUAAUGUUCUUAGUUGAAAGAAUUAUAUUUAUAUGCAAUGGUGCUUAUUGAUUUUAACUAUAAAGGACAUAAUGUCUAAAUACUCAAACGACAUAUAUGUUGGUGUAAGUAGUAUUUGUACAUAUUAGAAAAUUUUAUGGCUGGUACAAUAAUUGUAAUUAAUCAUGCUAAUAUGCAUAAUAGAAAUCAGAUCCUAUAACCAUUUUUCCAUGUUAAAUUGUACAAAGUUUCUAUAAUUAUUCAUAUUAUGUCUUUCAGUCUAUGUAAUAUAUUCAAAUAUAUUUGACUUGUAUGAACUCUUCAAAAUAAAACACUAUUUAAGUUAUAGUUCAAUUAUUCAAAUCAAUCUUAAAUUUAAUUUCAAAGAAAAAUCAGGAAUGUAGAAUUUUUUGUAAGGUGUAUAAAUAAAUGUUUUCUGAAACAAAAACCCAACAGUAAUUUAAGAUGAUUUAUAAUUUCUAGCCACUUAAAUUAAUCUCAAAUAAUUCAAAAACUUUUUCAAAAGUUUUCGUGGAAAAUAAAAAUAUUAAAUGUUUGAAGACUUGAGAAUUCAAGAAAUCAUUUUGUUAAUUUGUUAAUUUAAUCAUCAAUAAAUGUUGUAAGAGAUGAUUUUUUUUUGUUUCUGAAACUAACCUGUUAGCUUCCAGCUUGUCAUAAUCUACUCACAUAAUGAAAUGAAGUUUAAUUGUAAAAUCAAGAUGUAUAAUUUGUCUUUUUGUAUAUUAACAAACAUAAUAUACACUUUAUAUACUAGUAUA